AUGGAAAUGAGACGGAUAGAGGAAGAAUGGUGGUGGUGUGUCGAUGGAAACAUGGACAAUGAUGAAGAAAGGAAAUCAUGGAAUGAGCUGUGUGAGGAAUUGGUCCUGAUUUUGUGGAAUUUACCAGAUUUCUCAAUAACAAUACGAUUCAUAUUCAACAACAUCAACAACAAUGUCAACAACAAUAUUACGAAUUCGCGAAGAAAUAGGAAAGAAAUGGAACCUGGAUUUGGAGCAGAGACAAAUAGAACCAAAGUGGAGGGCAGCAGUCUGUUUAUAGCAGUUUUGGACUAUUGGAGCAGGUUUGUGGGAAGAUUUGGCAGCAAGACAGUAACAAAUUUGUGGGUAGAUUUGGCAGUAAGACAAUAG